AUGUUCCCACCUUGCGCACAAUUAUGGGGACAAAUAGCAACACACGGAAGAGGGGAUUUAAAAAAGGGUGUUCCCUCUCCAAACUUCAUUCGAUCAUUUAGGGCGCGUCACCGGGAUAUUACGUGUCGCAAUUAUGAGAAGAGGGAGCUUGCAAAGCUCAAAGGGGAAUCUUUUAAGCAUCUAAAAACGUUCGAAGCUGCUCUAAAGCAGGUUUCAAAGGCUAAUCCUGGUAUUUUUGAGAAACCGGAAUUCAUAUGGAAUCUUGAUGAAACAAAAGUUUCUGGGGAACAUGGGCAGAACGUGAAAGUGUUCGGAUCAUCAGAUACAAGUCACGGUGGUUUUAGGUCCACAAAUGCUGUUGCGGGUACAGGCAAGCAUCUCACUGCUGUAGUAGUCUCCUCAGCAGCUGGACAUGUAGUGCCUCCGUUCUUCAUUCUUGCUGGUGUUAACCAAAUGCAGCGCUGGUUCGAAUCUCUCCACCCCGAGAUAUUCAAGGACGAACUUGGUUUCCCGCAUUGGAUGACUCGAGACAACUGGUAUCCCGAAGAAUCUUGCCUCGUCCCCACAGCAAAUCGAUCAAUGAAAAAAAGUAUUUUACCGCUUUCGAUCGAGCACGUGAACGUCAAUAUACGUAAAUACGUUCCUUCUAGUCAAAAGGUGUUGCUAACAUUAGAUGGUCAUUCGUCGAGAGGCGGAUAG